GUGAGCUCUCAGUACCGGGCUAGCCCAGGGUGCGGGAGGACAUGGGGAAGUCCUACUCAGUUCCAGCUUACAUAGUCAAGACAUUUAGUGUGGAUGGCUUUUUACAAGAGGAGGACAGGAGCCAUGCGUCUCCUGUCUCCGAGGAGAACAAGAGUCAAAAUGUGAUGGCGUUCUUCCAGAACCGGUCGCUCAGCCUGGUGGAUAUGUACAUCGACACCUCGGAGCCUACCGAGAAUGUGGGCCAGAUCCAGUUCUCAAUGGAGUACAACUUUAACGAGAUGACCCUCAUCCUUAGGAUCAUGCAGGCCAAGGAGCUGCCGGCGAAGGACUUGAGCGGUACGAGUGAUCCCUACGUGAGGGUGACACUGUUGCCUGAUAAGAAACAUAAGCUGGAGACCAAGAUCAAGCGACGCACUCUUCAUCCCAAGUGGCACGAGACUUUUUACUUCGAGGGGUUCCCCAUCCAGAAGCUACAGAGCCGUGUGUUACAUCUCCACGUCUUCGACUACGAUCGAUUCUCACGAGACGAUUCCAUAGGCGAGGUUCAUAUUCCUCUGUGUCAGGUUGAUUUUUCGGAAAAGAACAACACCUUCUGGAAAGCUUUGCAUCCUUUAGAGAAGAACAAGUGUGGUGAGAUCCUGACCUCCCUAAUGUACCAGCCUUCAACCUCUCAGCUCACACUCACCGUCAUCAAGUGUAGGAACCUUAAGGCGAAAGACAUCAAUGGAAAAUCAGAUCCCUACGUGAAGGUGUGGUUGUACUUCGGAGAGAAACGGAUAGAGAAGAAGAAGUCAGAGGUCCAGUUUUGCACCCUUAACCCCGAGUUCAACUUCAGUGUCAUGUUUGACGUGCCCUGGGAGAGGAUCAGAGAGUGUCAGCUCAACGUUACUAUCAUGGAUCACGACAAAGUGGGACGGAACGAAGCCAUUGGCAAGAUCAUGUUAGGUAAGGCUGGCAGCGGCACCUCCGAGACCAAACACUGGAGCGACAUGAUCACGAAGCCACGACAAAAUGUAGUUCAGUGGCAUCGUCUUAAGCCGGAGUGAGACUGGCGACCCUGGUGCCCCUAAAUUCACGUAUUCCCCCAGCUGCUGCUGUAUUAGAUGGCCACAACACCUAGCCAAGUGUCAGGAACUGGAGGACUUCCCAACCGCUCAAACGUUGAUGAAGAUAUAAGCGCAAAGUGACCACACGAACGUGACAGUGUUGUGAAGUAAUUGUAGAUGGCUUUUAAAAAAUUCUAAAUUGGGAAUAUAGUGCUGAGCAUCAGGUCCUUACAAGGUGUACAUGUGUGAUUAUAUGUGCGUGUGUGUAUGUGUGUGUGUGAAGGUGUGUGUGAGUGGGUGUAUGCAUGUGCGUGUGUGUGCUUGUGCAUGUAUUUGCGUGCAUAGAUGUGCACAUGUAAUUCUGCUUGUAUGUACAUACGUACAAGAUGCAACAGCAAGAAUGUGCCGCCACCACCACCAGCUGCCUGAGUGCCCCUUCCCAUCCCCAAGGCCUAAAGUAUCAGCACAGAACUCAGCCAUGUCCUGCUAGAGUAUGUCUACUACUACACAGCUCGCUGCCUCCACCCACCAUACCCGCAACUUUGUACCGAGCAAAUCAAUAUAUACAGAAAAACAAAAAAAAUAUCAUGAUGUUCUUGCAAGCAUAAAACUGCAGGCAAUGUCAUCCUUAGAAAGUCAGAUACUUCCUCCUCCCUUUAAAAAGAAGAAACACACAGCGAGAGUGGGAAGAACCACGUAAUUAAAGAUGUGGAGUAUGAGAAGGAUGCAGGUGGUGGCAGGUGGUGUGUGCAGCAGAGAGCGCGCCCUUGUGGGGUUAGUUGGAGUGCAAAGGGGUACUGGGGUGCUGCCAGGUUUUUUCCGAGGUUUUAUCCUAUUAAAAACAGAGAAAAAAUAAUAUAAUAAGUGCAUCUGUUGCGCAUCUUGUAAAGAUUUCAAUGUCUUCUUUAAUAUAGCAACCUCCACCCCUACCCCAAAAUAAAAAAAAAGAUCCAUUUAAGAUGUGUUACAAAUUGAGAAGUAAGGUGAUAGGAAAUGCCUGCCAUCAGCAACAUAUAACCAUAACAAAAACAACAAAGGAAAUAAGGGGCGUCUUCCCCACAAUUUCUUUCUUAAAAAUUUCAAGGGAUUUCUGGUCGGGCAUCCAAAUUGGCAAUGGCAUUUCCACACGUCUAUGCAUCUCCACACACUGGUGUCGUAGUUAGCUGUGACGACUGUUAGGAUCGGUGGUUCUAGUGGCCCGUGUUGAAUUAAUGUUUUCUAAGACCCAACUGUGGGGCUCAUAUUUCAUAUUGUUUGAUAGAAGAUGGUCAAGUAGUUGGUAUUAACUUUGUUUUCUGAGAUACUAUUUGUAAUGGUAAUAUAUUUUGAUUUUUAGUUGAGCAGAAAUUAUGUACAAUACACCAGUAUGUUGCCGUGAGUAUCUGUAGGAUCUCUUUGUAAAAUAUUGUAUAUGUGGCUCAAUACAUAGAGAUAUAUAUAUAAAUAAAUAUAUGAAACAUUAGCUUAGUUAAAGAAAGCAUAAUAUGUCAAGUGAUGAGCAUUAACGGAGCAAUGCUGGAAGGCUUAUUGUCAUGCACUGCGAAUGGGGUAAUGAGUCUGACAGCAUUGCUUGGCCAGGCGCCUCGUGGCUUCUCUCCGAUGCCCCUAACUUAAACCAGCACAGGAUGCAGGCUCUGCUUCAGCCCAGAACCCUUCUUCAGCAGUACCAUAUAUUUAAAUGAAAUCUAAAAGUAUUAGCAUACAAGUCUCUUCACAGAGUGUGAUAUCAAGUUGAGUGUCUUUUGGGCUAGUGUUGCAAUUUGUAUUGUAUGAAAAUGUUACUCACUGGACCAGUAUUUUUCUUGUGUUGUGAAACUUUUGUGUGUGUCUCAUGUUAUCAGUAAAGUUAAGGGGUUCAAAGUUGGUGCCAUGCUGUUGUUUGGAACUUACGUGUGUGUAUGUGUGUGUGUAAGAGACAUUUAUGGUGUGUCUUUUGGCCCGACAGGUAGUGUUAUGCAAACUUUGAACUUCUGAACUUAAAAAUGUAAAAAAAUUCAGCACAAGUGAAUUUUUGGUCAUAUUUAAGUUGACAGAGCACUUAUGUCAGGCCCACAGACUAACUUUUAAUGCAAUACAGCCAGACUUACACAUGUUAAAUAAAACAGUGCCGUGUCAACUUUGUACUCGUAAAAUAACUCCUUGAUAAUUAUGUUAUUUUUGAUAACUAAUCUCAUGUUUGUACUCCUUGUCAUAACGAUGAUUUGAACAGUUGCUGUCAUCAUUACUGACUUUGUGAUGUGUUACAGAAUAUUUUGUAUUAUUAUUAUGAGGGAAUAUUAAUUGUUUAUGUAAUUCUGUGAUCCAUGACCUAAUUUCUCACAUUAUUAUCACUUUUAUCUAUCAUUCCAUUGUCAUUUUUUAUUUAUAUCAAUACAUGUUUCUUUCAGUUAGACAACAUUAUUUAUAUACAGGGUAUCCCAAAAGUUAUUGUCCCGAGGUGGUGUUGGAAGGCUCAACUAACUUUUGGGACACCCUGUAUUUUAUCAGAAUAUCUGUUACACUGCAAAACUGAAGUGUCCAGUGCCUGGAUAUUAUGAAUAACCCAGUCAUCAAAAUAUUCAUCACUUCCAAAUUAUCUGACACAAAGAAAGAAAAAGAAAAGUCAGUUUGGUAUAAUAUUUUUGAGUGGCAAAAUGUCAUUCUUUGUUUUAAUUGUUUCUUGUGUAACUGAUAAUUUACACAAAAAUAUAUACUGUAUAUAUAUAUAAACACAGGUGUAUAAAAUUUGUGUUAUGUAUUAGUAUUUCAAGAUUGUUCAGUUUUGUGUGUAGUGAUAUGAUUUUACCUGACGACAAACUGAGGUGUGUUAACUAUGGUCCGUGUUAUCCUUGAUCAUGAAGCAUUUAGGUGUUAUAUAUUUUAAAGCCCUUCACUCCUUAAGUCUUGGAUGAUCAAAAUUGUUUUUCAGGGGUUUCUGGACAUGGCAAUGACCUAAGAUCAUCACUUUUCAAGAUCAAUGAGGAACUGGGUUUAGGAUACUGACAUACCUAAUACUGAUGGUCUUUUGCAUAAUGUUAAUCUGUUAAUACAUUAUCAGUUUCUUUUGGAUGAUUUAAGAUAAUAUAUAUAUAGGUCGUGGAUAUUCCAAGCAUUUAUUUUCUUGUGAUUUAAAGUACUGUACUAUGUAGUAUUCAACUGAAGAACACAACUCAGUCAACGGUUUACUGCGUCAGUGAAGCUCCACCCGAUUCUACAAUACAGUGUUACUGACCAGCUUCAUUACAAGUUUAUCACAAAUGUUA